UUAAAGCGUCAGAGGAGCGUCCCCGUGCGUCUAGUCUCUCUGUCCGGGUGCACGCGGAUUGACCACUCCUUUGGGCUUUUUCCUGGAUUUACGGGGAAAGCUAAACCACAAACAUGACUGACGCGCAACAAGAGGCCCGCUCCUACCUGAGCGAGGAAAUGCUGGCUGAGUUCAAAGCCGCCUUCGACAUGUUUGACACUGACGGAGGCGGUGACAUCAGCACCAAGGAGCUGGGAACCGUCAUGAGGAUGUUGGGUCAAAACCCGACCCGAGAGGAGCUGGACGAGAUCAUCGAGGAGGUAGACGAGGACGGCAGCGGUACCAUUGACUUCGAGGAGUUCUUGGUCAUGAUGGUUAGGCUGCUCAAGGAGGACCAGGCCGGCAAGAGCGAGGAAGAGUUGGCCGAGUGCUUCCGUGUCUUCGACAAGAACGCUGACGGCUACAUCGACAGAGAGGAGUUUGCUCUGAUCAUCCGCAGCACCGGAGAGAGCAUCACAGAGGACGAGAUUGACGAGCUCAUGAAGGAUGGAGACAAGAACUCAGAUGGCAUGCUGGACUUUGACGAAUUCCUCAAGAUGAUGGAGAAUGUACAAUAAACGCUGACGCCUCUUGGACAUUCCUCCUUCUCUCUCCCUCCAUCCCUCCAACCGUCCUCCCACCUUUGCAACAGAAAGCUAGCGCCCCCUGAGGCCGCCUGGGGUCACUGCGGCUCCAGGCGUGGGUCAUGUGAUCCAUGUUCGCUGGUGUAGCCCGAGACCGCUGCUUUGACUGAUCCAACGUCAUUGUACCGAAACAGAUAAAGCCACUAACACCGGUGCCGUCGUGUUUAAAGUCUGUAUAAAGUUUGUUUUGAGGAAAAUAAAUCAAAUGUUUGUUUCUU